AUCCCGGUCCCUGUUGUACGCAGUUCCCUGGCAUUUGCUGGGAGUGUGGGGAGUCCUUGGGCGUUCGGAAGCCCACUGUUUGGAGCCGCCUCGUUUGACAGCACGACGGCGUCGGUGGAAGUUAUUUGUUUAUUAUUAUUAUUGUUUUCGUGCGGCAGGUCAUAACGAGCAGCACGGAUACGGAUGGAAAGAAGACCCACUUUCACGGGUUUGUGUUUCCGGGCCACCAUAAAAAACACACGAUGACACUGAAGCUUGUUCGCUCACGGGCCCACACACACACCGGGCUCGGAAGGUGGUCACAAUUCGGCUUCUCCCAGGCUCGGAAGAUACGUUUAGUAGUAAUUCUUUAUAAUAAGGGUACAACCCUUCCCCAGAGGAGGCGAGGGAGGAAGUUCGAUUAAAAUUAGACAACAAUUAUUGCAGGUCAUUUACCUCGUUACCCGGUAGUUACCCUUGGUGAUGGGAACUUUUGCACUGUUCCGACUGUCAGCACCUCAAAUGACACCGCAUUAGCAGCAGUUUGGGUGCGAGUUUUACGGAAAACAGGAAAAGUUUAAUUAAUUGCAUUUCUUGUCUUGCAUUUCUCGUCGGUAGACUUGGGGAACUGGGUGUCGAAAAAAAAUCGAAAAAAGCAACGCCUUCCUUCCAUAGUUCGACUAUAGGGACCGGCGUGUUGCACUGGUUUCCAUUUCGACGGGUGCGAAACGAUAUUGAAGUAGUCAGCACACGUAACGACCUAUAAACCUAGAACACAAAUCCUCAAUUCUAGCGCACGAGCAGGAAGCUCAGUUAAAGGUCUCUCUUUCUCUGUUUCCGCUUUUGUUGUUGUUGGUUGUCUAAUGUCCUAACUCCCUCGCAAGAGGGAUACUCGAAUGCAGUGAACCGGUGGUAGUGGUUCCGAGUAUAUGCCAGUCUCGUUUGUCGCGAGAACCCGGCAGGAUGUCGGACUUUGUGCGCGAUAUGCGCAACCACAAGAUCGUCCCGGACGUGGUGCCGGUUCCACCCGAGAGCCUGCUGCACGUGAUGUAUCCCGGUGGGUUGCGCGUGAAUCUCGGCAACGUGCUUACACCUACCGAGGUAAAGCACGUGCCGGAGGUAAGCUGGCCGGAAGCGGAACCGGACGCAUACUACACGCUUAUCAUGACCGAUCCGGAUGCACCGAGUCGUACAGCGCCCAAGUUUCGCGAGUGGCACCAUUGGCUGGUGGUGAACAUACCCGGACUGGACCUCACCAAAGGGGACACACUGUCGGAUUACAUCGGUGCUGCGCCACCACGCAAAACGGGCCUGCACCGGUACGUGUUUCUGCUGUACCGACAGAAUGAACGGAUCUACUACAAGGAGUCGCGGCUUUCAAACAGGAGCACCCAGGGUCGGGGCAAAUUUUCCACGCACAAGUUCUCGGAGAAGUACGAGCUGGGGUUACCGGUGGCGGGCAAUUUCUUCCAAGCGCAGUUCGAUGACUACGUGCCGAAGCUCUACCGUCAGCUGGGCCACUUUCAAAACGCAUUCUGAACCUUAGCUGUCCCGUUUGCUGAUGAAGUGGAAGAACAUUUCCUUAUUCUUCUUGCGCUCUUGGAAGAAGCGGCAGGAUUAAUACACUCACUCUCACAGGCGUAGUUCGAAGAAAGUUGCGGCAAAAGGUCGUUAAACUCAUCCGACAUUAUUCGCACGGAAGAAGGAUCCCUUAGCCAGAUGCAUGUAGCUUGAAGUGUUUGUGAUGCUGACGGGAAACAAAGAUGCUGCUGCUGCUGCACACAACAGCAUCUGGGAAGUUGCAGCAAAAAAAAACGAAGAAAGGAAAGCAACCGUGCGGAACGCUAAGAUCACCAAAUAAUACACCGGCAGCUUAGCGAACGUGAGUGGUCAGCAUAAGGCAGGAUACAUAGGAUGAGAUGAAAAUAAUAAUGUGUUGCAUGAAAAGACACGGGAAGAUCACAGGAACGAUCGAUUAAAGCGAUCUGGUGAGGUACGUUCUGUACAUGCUCACCUGUGUGUUUUGCUAUAGUGUCUGUGCCAUUCUGCCUGGGAAGAUCAUCCAUGACCCGAGGUAACGUCCUGGGUGCAGGGUUGAGGAUGUUCCGCAUCUUCCGAAUCCUUGACCGGGAAUGGUGGCGAGGAAA